AUGGAGGAGUACAUCAACCACAUCGCUGCUACUUCUGCACCCAAAGCAAUGACCCUGACUGAACUCCACAACUGCACCGAACGCGAUGCGACCCUGCAAGCUGUCAUUCACGCCAUCCGUUUUGGCAAAUGGGAGAUCGCGAGACAACGACCCGGUGUUAACACGGCAUCAUUCGAUCGAAUUCACAAAGUUCGAGGGGAACUGUCCGUGACCGAAUCCGGCAACUUGAUUCUACGUGGCACACGGAUUGUUGUACCACAUGAACUGCAACAACGCGCUGUCGAGCUGGCACACGUUGGUCAUCAAGGCAUGGUCAAGACGAAGGCGCUCAUACGUGAGAAAGUGUGGUUCAGCGGGAUAGACCAUCGAGUAGAGGAAAUGAUUCGUAGUUGCAUGGCGUGCCAGGUAGCGACGCCCACCCAAACACGGGAACCCCUAAAAAUGUCAGCACUGCCUGAACGUCCAUGGUCAGAGAUCAGCACUGAUUUUGGACAGGUACCUGGCAUGGGUACGCACUUUAUGGUAAUCUCCGACGACUUCUCACGCUACGUCGUCGUGGAACCAGUGUCCUCUCUCACAGCAAGUGCUGUCAUCCCUGUCCUUGACAAGAUCAUUGGAGAAUUCGGUGUACCCGAUGUGGUCAAGUCGGACAACGGACCCCCCUUCAACAGCAGCGCAUUCUCUGACUACGCACGGCACAAAGGGUUCAAGCAUCGUAAGAUUACUCCGCUGUGGCCGCUCGCAAAUGCCGAGGCAGAACGCUUUAUGAGGACAGUAAAGAAGUCCAUUAAGGCUGCCAUAGCGGAAGGGAAAAGCUGGAACCAGGAGCUGCACAGCUUCCUGCUCAACUAUCGAGCAACCCCUCACAGCAGCACUGGCAUACCUCCAGCUACGCUGAUGUUCGGGAGGGCCAUCAAAACAACCCUACCCCGGAUCGCGUACGAGCAACCGCAGCACGACGUUCGCCAGAAGGACAGCGAGUCCAAAGCAAGGAGAAAGGUGUAUGCGGAUAGAAAGGCAUACGUCAGAGAGUCUGGUAUAAAAAUUGGUGAACCGGUGCUCAUGAAGAGAGAGGGAAUGAGGAAGUCUGACCCCCCGUUUUGUCCGAAACCCCUCGUUGUGACGAAGAGAAACGGAUCGAUGGUGACAGCAGAAUGUCUUGGAAAGACAGUAACCAGAAACUCGUCCCGAUUCAAACACUCCCCCACACGUCCAGAAAACGUCCCGACGUCGUCUGAUGAGGAGGAGGAUGAGCUGGGACUGCACCAAUACCCCGGACCAGACGAUCCGCCGCCGGACACUGUGGUCCAGCACGCUCCAAGGCUACCUGAGGUGCAAGGCAGACCGCAGCGAGAGCGUCGGCUUCCGGAGAGAUUUAAGGACUUCGUCAUGGCCUAG